AUGCAGCCUGGGCUUUAUAGUGCUAUUACCACUUCACUUCAUGUUGCGGUCAUCUUGAACUCUGCUUUUAUUCCUUUCUGUCUCUCCGCUCCUUCUGAUGCUAGUCUUGUUAUCUCUGUGAGAAACAACAAUCCCUUGAACAUCGAUUGGGAUCCAGCACCAGCACCUGAAGACGGCCCACCCUUAUCCGCUGGAGCCCUUCGAGAUCCUGCCUACCUACCCGCACAGAUCGGUGGCAUCGUAGGGGCCUACGCACUUUCGCUCGUCCUUGUCGCUGCUACUCUUCUACUGUUGGCGAAGAAGCGCCGGCAACAUCUCGAAGCUGCAGACGAGGACUUUGAGGAGCUAAAAUACGACUUGGCCUUUCCGGAAGGAUUCCCUCAAUCACCAGAAGAUCCAUUCCCAUAUUCGCUCACCACACCCAGGUCGCCAAUCAAGAACUUCUCCUAUCCGACACCAGUCGAGCAGGAACCAAACCCAUACGUCUUCCCGUCGCCACAGGAGCCGAAUCCUUACAUAAUCCCAUCUCCUCAAUCAUCAACGCUAGCACUCGGUGUCAACCCACUUGUCGACCAGAACGUGGUCGCCGCUGACAGAGAAAUGGCGCAGCAGCAGUUAGAGGAAAUGUACAAGUAUGUCAUGGAGCAGGACGAAGCGAAGCAGGCUGGCGUAGUGCUCCAGGCGCCGCCAGCCCCUAUGCUCAAAUCGCCGCCAACACCGUCUUCCCAAAAGUCCGGGUUCCUGAGGAAGGGGAAGAACAAGCCGGCAAAUCUUGAGCUGAACAACCCAGAGAUGGAGAAGCCGCAGUCGCGCACCUCUUCCAUUCUGUCGGCCCUGAAGUCGCCGCGUGGCAAGAAACCUUCCGUCAAGGGCAUAAGCAUUUCGUCGCCCAUCAUGACUCCAAUGUCUGGCACCUUUCCGCGUCAGGAGGGCGAGGAGAUGGAGACGAUCCCGCCGCGCCAUUACGCACCUGCGCCUCCUCCGCCUGUGCCUUCAGACCAGUAUCCCUACAUGGCAAGGAGGAUGACCCGGCCAGUGGAGCCGCUCACUCCACCCGACAUGUCACCAGAGAGCACCAUGAGCAUUGAUGAAAGGCUGGGAUAUGAAUUCGGGCAUGCGCGCAACACGUCUGAAGCCCCUACGGAAGGGGAGCCUGUUUCUGCAAUAUCGGAAAGGUCAACUACGCCGCUUGUCGGGUUGCCGUCAUCGCCAAAGCCCAGCGUCACACGGUUUCAAAUCCCUUCGCUCCCCUCGUCGCCCAAGCCUGGUGCCACGUUCCAAAGGGCCAAUGCGCCGUCUGCUGUGCGCACUGGUGGGUCACUACCGCUCCGGGCAUAUGAGCCAUCAUUGGUCUCGCCGUCGUUCCAGACCACGAAGCAGACGACGUUCGAGAGAGCACCACUGUCGCCGGGUCUGCGGACGCCGAUGACUGGGGCGGCUGUGCCUUACUCGCCUUACCAACCGUUUACGCCUGUUGUACCAAUGACUCCCUCGUUGGUGACCAAAGCGGACAGGAAAAGGAUGAAGCAGCUACAACCCAAGACGCCCACUUUGCAGAUGGUGAAGAGUGCGGACGACAUCUGGUAA